AGCUUGCUCACUCUUGUAGGAACCAAUGCUAUUCGGUCGUAUGUUUUACACGACCCUUUCUCUGAACACCCUGCUGUUUACCCCGGUACUGCACUACUCUACCAGAGCGUCUCUGCCUCUACUCGACUGUUUCGCCUGCACUGUAACCACACUUUUCAGAGAGAACAUCGUGGUGAAAAUGGUCAAUGUGUUGAAAGGAGUUCUUGUGGAAUGUGACCCAGCCAUGAAGCAGUUUCUCCUGUAUCUAGAUGAAACAUCAGCGCUUGGGAAAAAGUUCAUUAUUCAAGAUCUGGACGACACCCAUGUCUUCAUCUUGGCUGAAGUAGUGCAGAUUUUACAAGAACGGGUCGGAGAACUGAUGGACCAAAACUCUUUCCCCAUCACCCAGAAAUAAAGACAACUGCUUUUGUUUAA